GUUAUGAAACAGCCAUAUUCCUCUCUGCAGCUUGUUCUGUAUCCUCUAUGUACAUCCACGUUCAUUUCAGAAUCCCUAGCCCUGGAAAUCUCUUGGCCUCCUGGGAACAGGCAACUCGAUACUACCCAAGGUUUACAGACACUUGUCACUAGACCAUCCUAUGAUGGCUCUCGACAACGCUAGACGUGUCUACAUGACACAUAGCGUCACGGUCCAGAUUUCUCAUGAUGCAAACAAGUUUAACAACCUCCCACUCGAGGUAUAUUAUCUAAUUUGCUCAUAUCUUGGGUAUUUCGACCUUUGCUCCUUGCGUGUCACCUGCCGAACGUUUUACCAAGUGUGUGCCGACCCGCUCAACAAGAUCAAUCUUCAUACAAUCUGUACCGACCUUUCCCGGCGGCAUGUGCGGCAAUUGAUGAGGCUCACCGAAAAGCAAGCCUCAGCUAUCAGAGAAUUGUCAAUAUGCAGUUCUUCUGGAGGACCUCUGGGCCUUGGUCAUCUUGUUCUCCCGUCGUGUCCCCUGGAGUCACAAGCCUCGAAAGACUUGCGAAAAGUCGUCAAAAAGCUCACACAAUGCCGCAUUCUCCGGAUUUCUGCAGUGGAAAUUAAGCACAUUUACCAUAGAUUAGCAUGGAUGGGUGCUAUUGACAUGGCUUUCUCAGUGCUAUACGCAUUUUGUGAGACUGAAAAUUCCCUAACUUCGCUCACAUUAGAUUUCAGGACAGAUAACUUACCCUCACUUCUACAUGGCGGUCUUGAGAGUCUCCUGGCUGUGUCUGAUUCCUUCUAUGGAAGUUUAAGAGUUACCGACAUAUCACUCAAAAUCAACGCAAGCAUAGCAACCAGCCGUGGCUUGUAUCAAAGAUUUUUACUUCCACUAUAUAUCCCCUACCCCUACGGAGUAAAUGAGGUCUCACUUGAUCUUGGAAAAGCCUGUGCAGAAGAUGUCGUUUAUGAUGUCUUGGAAGGUAAGUAUUUUCGAAUUGGACCUCUGGCGGUAAUCAAACUACACAAUGUUACGGAUAUACCUGUUGGCGGAAAUUCUUGCGCGACUUGAAGGGGAAAUAUUAUCGCCUCGAAGAGGUAAAUCUGUCUUGGGACGUGCACACAGGUUCGAUAAGCACCUCACUCGUCACUCUAUGGAACCAUAAUACAACCAUGGACCACAGUCAGACGAAGGUGAC